AUGGCGCCGGGUCUUUUCCUGCGAGCCGCGCUCGCGUGUCUGUUCGCGGCUGUUGGCGCGCUCGCAGGCCCGUCGAAAUCAUGCCCUAGCAAGAUCAGCGAUUGCCCCGUUUGCCCUUCCGACUCCGUCGUUUCUUCCUCCUCCUCGUCCUCUUCCUCGGCCGUGUUCCAGCCCAAGAGCUCGGAGUUGCUGGGAGUUCUCAAGGGCAGUUUCGUCGCACACGCGUCGUUGACCAACAAGAAGUCGUCUGCGACGCUGCUGAACCCGUCGCAGAAGACGGCGGCGGUGACGAUCAAUCGGUGCUGCGUGUCGUGCAGCGAGCGCGAGGAUUGCGCGUAUUGGACGUGGAAGAAGAACAAGAAAAGCAACACAGGAAUAUGCAGUCUCUUCGGCGCUGACCAGUGCUCGACGCACAAGUCCCUCGCAAAGGUCAACAAGUGGCAGCCCGACACCAGUACCGGCGUUGUCUCCUUUAAGCGCUGCCUCGCUACAAGCUCCAGCUCCACCGGCGCCGGCAGCGCGUCUGCCGGUGAACCUCUCGCAGGGACCGACUCCACCGGUAGCGGGGACAGCAGCGCCAAAAGCGGCGGCAGCGUGAAGCGGUACAACACGACUUGCCCCGCGUUCCCGUGCCUGCCUGCCUGCCCGUCCGCCGUCGAUCUUCCGGACAUCACGGAUUCGAAGGGCCCCGCGUUUCCCGGCGCGUUUCGCGGGAAGCUGUACGAGCACUACUCGCAGGCGACGGGGCCGACUCUGGUGGAGGACGCGGGGCUGAAGAGCAUCGGCGAGUGCUGCGAGUACGCCGCGUCGCAGUUCAUGUACGACGUGACGUACUGGUCGUGGGAACAGAGCGACUCGACGGACUCCGGUCGCUGUAAGCUCUUCAGCAGCCAGGCGUGUGCGAGUCAGAGGGACGAGUCGGGCAACCUACCGGUUCAAGUCUUUGAUCCCACCUUCUCCACCACCUACGCCUUCCGUCUCAUCUGCUGA